AUGGUCACACCACCUUCUUUUCAGGAGCUUCAGCUCCAUGUUUCUGCAGGCCUGCAGCAUGGUCUCUGCACUCCUCUGCAUCAGGGAAGGGGAACUCAAACCCUUCUGCUGAAGCUGCUCUGCAUGGAGGAUGAAAGCCAGAAAGUUAGUGCAUCGACAGAAAAAAACAGGUACCCUAUCAUGUUCCCUGUGCUCGAGUAUAAGGAUGUGUCCCUCGACCUCGGGAGCGAGGAGGAGCUGGCGCUGCGGAAAGCAAAGAUCAGGCACCCACUGGCCACCUUUUUCCACCUGUUUUUCCGAGUGAGUGCUAUUGUUACCUACUUGUUCUGUGACUGGUUCAGCAACAGCUUUGUUGCCUGUUUUGUCACUAUUCUCCUCCUUCUAUCCUUUGACUUUUGGUCAGUUAAGAACGUGACAGGAAGACUCUUGGUUGGUUUGCGUUGGUGGAACCAGAUUGAUGAAGAUGGAAAAAGUCACUGGAUGUUUGAAGCAAAAAGGGUACCUACAAUAGUCACCUCAACUGAAGCUGAAGCUCGAAUCUUUUGGCUUGGCCUCAUUAUCUGUCCAGUUAUUUGGACAGUGUUUUUCUUCAGCACCUUGUUCUCCUUGAAGCUGAAAUGGCUGGCUCUUGUGAUAGCUGGGAUCUCCCUUCAGACUGCUAAUUUAUACGGCUACAUCCACUGCAAAUUAGGGGGACAAAAAAGCCUCAGCAGACUGACAUCAAGGCUUUUGGUCAGAGCAGAUGUUCCCAAGAGUAAGUACUGA